UCGUAAUACUAUGUACCCGGUCACUUUGUAAAAGAUCCUGAUUUUUCACUUGUUCGUCGAUGACAUAAGACACUUACGAACUGUUUUAAUCCAAUUGCCAUGAGCUACCGAUGCCGACAAGCUAGUGUUCAUUUGUCUGCCUUGGAAAAAUUUUAAUUUUUUUACGUCUCUUACAAGUAUCUUUUCUAUAGAAAAAAAAAUAUAUUUAUUUAUAUUGUGAAACAUUUUUGGGGCCCUUGUAUAUAUAUUUGUUAAAAAAGACCUUAACAUCGUCGAUUUGUGCUCGAUCUACCAUUCAAGAAAAUGGCUUCAGCGCAAUCAUGCUUGAUUUAUAUAAUGAUAUGCAUUGAAGUGCUGGGACUUCUCGCGAUCAUCCUCAUUGGCGUUUGGCUGGGACAAUAUGGCGACAACAACGGAUUCGGAUUGAAUACUUAUAAAGGACUGUUGAACUUGCAUUCGUUAAUAAUGCCGAUGGGUGCUGUGUUCUUCCCAGCCAAUGGCAUAGUAUUAUAUAGAGCCUUCAGGAGAUAUGCUGCAAGAAAAGUCAAGUGGGCACAUUUCGUUUUCCAGUUGAUUGCGUUUCUUCUUGUAAUUGUGGGAUUUACUUUUGCAAUAAUGGCGCGAUCAAAAUUGAUUGAUGACUUCAAAAAUCAAAAUCAGGCUCCAGAUAACCCAAAAGCAGAAAAUGGCGAUAGAAAACAUUUCUACAGUGUUCAUUCGUGGCUGGGUCUUAUGUGUUUCAUUAUCUUCGUUUUACAAUUCCUAGGUGGACUAUUUGCUUUUGCUUUUAAAGUGGUCGACAAAUCAGCCAGAGAGCUUUUUGCAGCGAUACACGCAUUUUUCGGAAUUUUCAUAGUUCUUUUGGGCGGUUUUGUGGCUGUGGUUGGCAUUGAAGGUAGAGCUAAAACCGACAUACCAAAUUAUGACAAAAUCGUUGACGCUGGUAUACUGGCUAAUGUUGCGGCACUGGCCAUUGUAAUUAUGCUUGCUCACGUUCUAUACAUAAGUGUGAAUCCGUUCUUCGAGUGGGACGUGAACGAUGAGACUCUUGAAGCUAAUCCUAUCGAAUAAGGAGCGACUAGUCCGCAAGACUAAAGUCGUUGUUCAGAACCUUUCUAAAGUUUCACCUGCCAACAAAUAAACCGAUUUUGGGUCUAUAUCUACUUGAUUCUGAUCCUUCAGGCAAAUACCAUGUCACCCGCUAAAUCUUCUGUACAGUAUUUAAAAUUAAACAGCUAAAAUUUUACUACUCGUUUUGUUAUCUAUUCAAAAGAAAACUCGCCAACUUUGUGGAGUUUAGAGCGUUUUCGAUGAUAAUGUAUAAUAUUAUUAGGUAGGACCUGUGCACUCCGUCGAUUUUCAUAAUUGCUGACUAUCUGGAUAUUGACUGUCGACCACCUCCGAGGAAGACUUAUAUUUUCGUAUAAUUUCAGUCUAAAAUUUACCAAAACAAAUCGAGCUCGAUCUCAUAUUUUCAAAUUAGCAUUUUUGAAGAGAGUCACAAAGAUGUCUUCUUCGGAAGCGGGUUCUUACUGUGGAACGACAACUUACGUAUCGCUUGUUCUGGAAAUUUUGAAUCUGGCAGAAACAUGGGUUCUAUCUAAUAAACGCGGUGAAAAGUAGAAAGGCAAGCCGUAACAGUAAAAUACUCUUUUUGCUCUACUGCUCCUUUAAUACGAUUCGGAAAAUUUUUUGUUUGUAUCUUCGUUCAAAUUUGCAAAGGCAAAAAGUGUGCGAUGUGCACCAUAAUUCACAAUAUCGACCAAACUGAAAUCGUAUUAGGAAAGUUUUACUGUACAAUCAAAUUAGAAUAAGGAGUCCUUCUGUUAGCCUAGAUAUUUGCUGUAACAAAGUUCCGGUGCAAAUAAUAUAUUUUUACGAUUUAAA